ACAUCAGCUAUUUACAUAGAAUUGCCACCUCAGCCUCAACCAGGACAGUUCAGGUCACAGAAAGGGGAACUGAACUGCAGGCCUGGAAGCCACCCCUGCUACCUCCACUACUGUCUUGCCUUCUGAGUGUUCAGUGAGGGUCAGCCAGGCCUAAGCUGGGCCCAGUUCAGUUCCUUUCGUCUUCACAGCUGCAAUUUCACAGCCAGCCUGCACAAUGCCUGCCUGGGGAGCCCUGUUCCUGCUCUGGGCUGCCGCAGAAGCCACCAAGGACUGCCCUCCAUCAUGCACCUGCCAGGCCCUGGAAACCAUGGGGCUGUGGGUGGACUGCAGGGGUCGAGGGCUCACCUCCAUGCCUGCCCUGCCAGCCCACACCCGCCACCUCCUGCUGGCCAACAAUAGCCUUCGUUCUGUGCCUCCCGGUGUCUUCGACCACAUGGUCCAGCUGCAGACACUCGACGUGACACAGAACCCCUGGCACUGUGACUGCAGCCUCACCUACCUGCACCUCUGGCUGGAGGACCACACACCAGAGGCCCUGCUGGACGUCCGCUGUGCCAGCCCCAGCUAUGCCGCCCUCCACCCACUGGGCCAGCUCACAGGCUAUGAGCUGGGCAACUGUGGCUGGCAGCUACAGAAACCUUGGGGCUAUCCAUGGGUCUGGUGGGAUGUGGCACUGGUCGUUGUGGUCAUAAUGGGCUUGGCUCUCUUGGCAGGUCUACUGUGCACUGCCAGAGAGCCCCUGUUCCUAGGGUCGUUCUUCAGGCCAAGUGGCCAGGCCUGAGCCCCUGUCCAGGCUCCACCAGCCCUGAUCAGCCAGUUCCACCAGCAACUUGAAAUAAACUGGCUGCUCAGCCAUUUUGUCCAAAC